AUGAAGUCCUUCGUCCUGCCUCUUGCGGCAUGGUUCAGCUGUGCUACAGCCCUCGAGUCCGCUGCAAUCGACUACAUAUCGCCUCGGGGUAAGAUAGCUAUUGAUGACAACAAGGGAUGGGAGUCUCUCAGCCAAAAUGUUCUUUCCAAACCUUACGAGCCAAAAAGAUUCCCUAAUGGGAUCAUCAACCUAGGUCUCGCCGAAAACUGGCUGAUCCAAGAUGAACUGGCCGCCUACCUGAAGGACAACUUCACAAUUGAUCCCCUCUACCAUCUAACCUACGGCCAAGGAGCAGCUGCCUCCCCCAAGCUUCGCGAGGCUCUUGCUACCUACUUCAAUGAAUACUUCAAUCCGGUUUACCCCGUCAACAAAACGGAAAUUAUUGUUGCUUCUGGUGUUACAUCAUUGAUUGAUUCUAUAGCCUGGAAUACGUGCAGCGAUAAUGAGGGGAUCAUUGUUCCUCAGCCAUUAUAUAACGGGUUUCCAACAGAUAUACACCUUCGUGGCCACGCUAAGCUGCUGAAGGCAUCUUUUGUUCGGGAGGGCCAUGAGUAUUCCCUGGACGAUGUCUUCGAUCCCGCUAAGAUUAAAGAUUCGCUGCAGAGGGCCUGGACGGACUACAAAAACCAAAACAUUACCAUGCGUGGUGUUAUCAUUGCCAAUCCGCAUAACCCCCUAGGACGCUGCUAUUCCAAAGACGCAUUGGAAGCAAUCGCCAGCUUCUGCGGCGAACACAAUAUUCACUUCAUUUCAGAUGAAAUAUACGCCAACUCGGUCUUUGAAAACAAAAACGCGACGAAUGCUACUCCAUUUACUUCAGUGCUUUCACUUAAUGUGACGGAUAUUAUAGACCCCGAUCUUGUUCAUGUCAUGUAUGGGAUGAGCAAGGAUUUCGGGGCAAGCGGCCUUCGACUUGGCGCGCUACAUUCACGCAAUGAACAGAUGAUCAAAGCCGCUUUUGGUGUGAAUCUAUUCUCGUGGCCGUCCUAUCUGGCCCAGGACAUGUGGGCGCGCCUCCUUGAAGACAAGACAGCGACCACGGACUUCUUGAAAAAGAACAGCGAUCGGCUGGCAACGAGUUACGAAUAUGUCACUCAGUGGCUAGACAGCCUAAAGAUUGAGUAUUAUCAUGGAGGAAAUGCCGGGCUCUUUAUCUGGGUUCGGAUCCUUCGCGAAGGGAGCACUGUUACACCGGAACAGCUUAUAGGCGAAUGUCGCAAGCGCGGUGUUAAUAUCGGGGACGGACAGAAUUUCCUACCAGAAGGAAGCACUGGAUGGUUCCGUAUCACGUUUUCGUAUCCCCGUUCCAUGUUAGAACUUGGCCUCUGGCGCUUGAAGGAGACUCUCACUGAGCUAAAAGUAGUCUCAGUGUGA